AAUCUAGAUAUGAAGUAAUCUGUACACAUGCCGCAAAAUUAUUCAACAUAUCAAAGCACAAGCCAAACUGCCAGACAAUGUAAAUCGGUUCAGUUUGAGUUGAAUCACGAUAGGUGGAGAACUGAACAUAUAGCUAAGAUCAUCAUGAGUUUACCCGGUUGGUGUUCAUUGAUCGCAACAAUUUGUAUUUUGUUGCUAGUUGUGUCCGCAUCAGAUGACCCUUGGCUCCAGAUUAACGACGAAGAUCCGACUCUGCCCGUUCCCGAUUUGAUCAGCAAAUACGGAUAUCAAGUGGAACGUCACACAGCAACCACAGAUGAUGGCUACGGGUUGACGAUGUUCCGUGUUCUAUCGCAGCAACCCGUGAACAGCAUAAAGCCUCCUGUUCUGAUGAUGCAUGGCAUACUGGGCAGCGCAGCCGACUUUGUCGCUCUUGGUCCAAAUAAAAGCUUGGCCUACUUGCUCGCCGAUAGCGGCUACGAUGUGUGGCUUAUGAAUUCACGAGGCACCUUGUACUCCAGAUACCAUACGAAGCUUCCGUUGGUUUCCAAGGCAUACUGGGACUUCUCCUGGCAUGAGAUCGGUUACUACGAUCUGCCCUCCAUCAUCGACUACAUUCUGGAUGUGACGGCCAGCGAAAAGGUGCAUUGCAUAGGAUUCUCACAGGGCACCACUGCCUACUUUGUGCUGACAUCUACUCGGCCGGAAUACAACGAAAAGGUCGCCCUAAUGGUGGCCAUGGCUCCUUCCGCUUUUGUCCAACUAAUUCGAAGUCCCAUCGCCCGAAUUAUGAUCCCAAUGGUCGAAUGGUUGGCGAAGUUUAUGGCUUCGCAUGAAGUUUACGGGUGGUUACCGGCCUCUAAAGUUCUUCAUGUACUUCGAAAUGCAAUCUGUCCCCUAAACUAUCCGGAAAACAUCUGCUCCGAGUUCAUGGAUCUGCUUGUUGGACCCCAUCCGGAGGCGUAUGACCCGAAAGUGAUAGCCGUUCACAGUGGACACACUCCGGCGGGGGGAUCCUUCAAUCAGGAUGUGCACUAUGCGCAAAUUGCACGCAGUGGUCUGUUCCAACAGUACGACUUUGGUAGGGAAGGUAACUACCGGAAGUAUGGUUCGAAGGAUCCGCCAACAUACGAGCUGGAACGUUCAACGGCACCGAUUGCGCUGUUCUACGGACUGAAUGAUUGGUUGGUGCAUCCUCGGAAUGUGGAGAACCUUGCCAAAAUUUUACCUCGGGUGGUAGCUGUCAAACCGGUGGCGGAUAAGAAGUUCAAUCACAUUGAUUUUCUCCUAGCCAGAAACGUUCGUGAACUGGUGUACGAUGAAGUGAUUCAGAUGAUCGAGGGGUAUAGCUAAAGCCAGUGGCGGAAAUAAGAAGGAGUCCGCGAGGGCCUGGCGAUUGCAAAACUUUAAGCAUUUAUGAAAAAGGAAUGACGGGAUAGUUUAACUGAAUGUUGAAUAUAUAUUUUUGCAAUUUCUCAUCGUAAUAGGCUGUUUUUCAUCACGCCAAUCUGUCAUGAAACGGCUUACU